AAGAUGUAAUCAAUGCGAUAACACCAUAUCACAGUAUUUUGUAUAUACAGAAAUAUACAGAAAUACUGUGACCAUAUAAUAUAGGAAGGUUAUGUAUGAAAACUGUCUGAAAAGUCUUUUAUGAGGAACCACAUUUUUGUAUUUCUGAAUGGUACGUUCUCAAAAAAUGGAAAAUGAAUGUUCCCAUACCUGCUCUACAUGGAGACUGCAUGCAAACUGGACAGAUAUAACCAACUCAUUUCAAGAAGCAGUUAAAGAUUUGAAGUUAGGGGAGUUACUUCAUGAUGAUUUGUUUGGACUUUUCGAGGCUAUGUCUGCAAUUGAAAUGAUGGAUCCAAAAAUGGAUGCUGGGAUGCUGUGCAAUAGAGGAAUUAGAAAAAUAAUAUCAUUUGAUCAGGCUGUUCAGGACAAAAUUCUUAAACUGGGCGGAUUCAAAGACAAAGAAAUAAUAGGUAUAAUAGACAGUACCUUUGCUUGUCUAGUAUCAUGGUUGGAAGGACAUUCUCUUGCCCAAACUGUUUUUAUCAAUUUGUAUCUUCACAAGCCAUAUAUGAUAGAGGAUAAACUACUGAAAGCAUUCUGCCUUGCCAUAUACAAACUUUUAGAAAUUAUCAAAGACGUGGUUUUUGAUGCUAGUGUAUAUGAAGAGGAAGAUUUUCAACCAAUGCAAUAUGGGUAUCAUUUGAAUCCCGACGUUUCAGAGCAGCGUAUGAUCGCAAUGCUACGAGAAGUUGAGGAAGAUCUACAUAGGAAAGGCAGGUCCAUACCCAGUCAUGAAACCCAGGCAUUGUUUGCUAGGAUGAAGUUUCUGAGAAUUUUUCUUCAAGUUUUGAUAUCAUUUCGUAAAGACGAUCAGCCAUCAACAACUGACUGUCAGAGACUGCUAGUUAGUUCUUUAGAGAUGCUCUAUAUCAUUCAAGACAGUGUUGAUUUGGGAGUGAAAAGUGAAGAAGAUGGAAACGAAUACAUAUUAGGGUUUGAACCUUCCAUAAAUCAGCGUCUGUUACCUCCUACUUUCCCUCGGUACACAAAAAUCAAGUCAAGAUCAGAAGCUUUGACAUAUUUUAUUGAAAUGGCUGAACGCUUCAAAAUUGUUAGUAAAAUACAAUCCAUCUCAUCCCUUCAUCAUGCUUUGGAUUUUUUCAUUGAAUUUAGUAAAUCAAGUCCCUGUAUCUUAUCCAGGUCAGCUUUGCAACUACUAUAUCCAGGUACGAAUCCAACGAACUCCAAGGAUAUCUUGAGGGACUCUGUGAAGUCUUUCAUUUGUCCACCAGCAUUACUGUCAAAAUCGCUGUUGAGUAACUCACAAGCAAAACAUUAUGUGGAUACAUUUCUCACUCACUGUUCAAGACCUUUCAUAAAUUUCCUCCAAUUAUGUGGUCAUAACAGAGCUAGACAACGAGACAAACUUGCUCAUUUAUUAGAAGAGUUUACUACAUUACAGGAUGAGGCGGAACGAGUAGAUGCCUACUUGCACAAUCUUUCUGUUAAUUCUCCACUGUCAAGACCACAUAUUGCAUGUUUUGGCACUUGGAUUCUCUAUCACACUUUGAGAAUCAUGAUCAUGUAUCUACUUGCAGGAUUUGAGUUGGAACUAUAUAGUACACACGAAUUUUAUUAUAUUUACUGGUACCUAUAUGAGUUUCUAUAUGGGUGGUUGAUAUCAGCUUUAUCUAGAGCAGACAGUUUUCUUGUUGAAAAUGAAAUUCUCAAUGAACUACAGAAAAAUAAAGGAACUUCAAAGAAAAAACCAAAGUAUAAAAAGAAAGCGAGGCCUUAUAAUAGGGACAUAAUUUUUUUACAAGCUCUUCAGAAUAUGUGUGGAGGGUACUACAAGGCAUUAAUGGGAUUUCGCCUGGAAGGAAAACUAACUAUGCCCCAUCCUCGUUUUGACAGUGAACAGGUACGGUACGAACAUAGAUUUGCCCCUUUUCAAAAUCUUCUGACUCCUCCACCAGUUGUUUAUGCAGAAUUCAGGGAAAUGACAUCGUUCGAAAGGUUUCAGCAGCAACCAGUUGAUAGUGUUUUCCUUUACAUUGCUGGUUGUAAACAUUUUCACCAAGCUCGCCAGCUGUUGGAGAGUAUUCCCGCCGAUUCAGAAAUAACUGAAUUGUUGACAAUAUGCAAAACUAACUUUAUAGUUUUGAAACUGUUGGCCGGAGGUCAUAAGAAAGAGUCGUUGAAACCUCCUGAAUUUGAUUUUUCAAAAAAUAAGUAUUUUUCGAUCAUUAAAUUGAACUGACCUUUACUGGGAAAUUAUCAAACAGUCUUGGGUUCAUGUGAACCCUCUCAAUGUCAAUGUGUAUGUCUUUUAUUGUACUUCAGUUUUGCGAAAUUUUAUCACAGUGUAUUUACAGGGUGUUUGAGAAACCUGUAUGACUUCAACUGAUGAUCAAUACAUCGACAGGAGUACUGUCAAUGUUAGUAAGCAAAUUUCAGUCAUCUUUCCAAUCGAAUCAAAUGUAUUAUAAAUUAAUUCAAAGAUAAUAGUAUUGAUUUGAUAUGUAAAUUUUUUUUGAGUUGUCUCCAAUAGAAAACAUAAACAGUUUGCAUUCAAUAAAUCUUGCAGAACCAUCACCAGUUGAAGUACUACAGAUUGACUACUCUAUACGUAUAUAAAAUGUUUUCGAAAUAUAACAGAAUGAAGCCAUCAGCUUAGAAAUAUCACAUAUGCUCACUGACGACAAUGAUUGGGUUGUCAUUUAAAGUAAAUACAGUAGACGAUAUCUCCCCUUACGAAGGCGCCAUCUAUGGGAUUGCAUCUUCAAUAUUCGAGUAUUGAGUUCUCUGUUGAUCCCAUAGAUGGCGUAUUUGUAUGGGGAAAUGUUAUCGACUUUACUUAAUCAGGCUUGUCCUUUAAGAACAGUUGAAUCCAGCAACGCAUUUGUGGUUCAGCCUAGCACUCGUGAAGAGACCUCUGGUGGGUCGAAUUGGCGCUGAGUGGCGUUGAAUCAUAAGUGCGUUGUGUUUGGGCUCUGGUUUUCAUCUAAAGAAAUGCUGAAAACAGAAACAUUUUUCUCUCUCGGCCUUUUCUUUGUCCUGUUUUAUUUUGAACUGCGUUUUUUAUUAUCAAAUUCGAUUAUGUUAUCAGUACCAAUAUGUUUCUAAGUUAUACAUUGACUUGUCUCCUCAGUAAUCUCAUUUCAUUGUGAGAAUAGUAAUACAAAUAUUCAAAUUCGUUUCGCCAUUUACCAUAAUAAUAUUCCUGUGAUUGUUUUACAUUUUCACGAUUGUAUAUUACUUUUAUUUUAUUGUGUUGUAAAUUUAUAGGUAUAUGUUCAACAAAAAAAUUUCAUCACAGGCUUCAGAUAAAUUAUGAAAUUCUAGUUCCUCAUAUCAUUUUACAAUAUUGAUUGUCUAUUCCGUAAUUAUUAUUUGGAACUCUUACAGUUUUCAUGAAAAAUUGGCUAUAGUUGAAAAAUAAAAAAGACAUGUUGCAUACAAUCUUUUUAAUGGGGUUUCCAUGUACUUGCUAUUGUUAUUUCUUAUCUCACAUCUUUAUUUCAUAGAAAACUUUUACAUUUUCUAGUCAGUUUCACGACAUACUAUCACGAGAAAAAAAAUUACAAUUUGUUUGACUUUAUAUGAAUUUUGAAUCCUGAAAUUGUUUUGAACUCUGUAAUGAUUUUUGUUAAUAAAAUUUUAUGUUGAAUCCCA